AUGUCCGAUCAUACUACGAUAGAUCCAUACAAGGUCCUGGGGAUCAGUAAGGAUGCAACCAUUGGCGAAAUCAAAAGUGCCCAUAGAAAACUGGUGUUGAGGUGUCACCCAGACAAAAUCAAAGAUGAAGAACAGCGGAAAGAGGCCGUGCCCGAGUUCCAGAGAGUGCAGUCGGCUUAUGAGCUACUGUCGGAUGAGAAAAAACGAGCUGAUUAUGACCUUAAAGUUGAGCUGAAGAAGAAACCAAGAUAUCAUAGUGAGGACGCCGGCUCGUCUUCAUACUAUCGACCUUCAACAUUCACAAAGUCUUACGAGUCGCGGAAUGGAGUUAUUUAUGAGGAGCGUGUCCCUAGAAGCAGUCGCUUCUUUGAUGAAGAUAUUCCUCUUCAUGAGGAGCCUCGACCCACUUCCAGGAAGAAUAACGGGUACGAGAAGAAGCAUAGUACAGAGGGAAAGGAAAAGAAGAAGUCCAGACAUGUCGACCCUCCAGUGUCGGUCCGUUCAAGUAAGGAGCGUGUACGCGAAGCCCGUGAGUCGGUGAAAUCGAGUCGCUCGGACCGCGAAAAACAUAGGGACAAAGAGCGGAGAAAGGACCGUGAACGAUCAGAGAAAUACCCGAAGGCUUUCGUUGUGAGCGAGCCCGACGAUGAAAGUGAUUUAGAUUCGGAUCAUCACUAUUACACCCCAAGAACACCGGAACCUGAAUAUGAAGAUCCUCGAACACGAGUCAAGCCAAGUUCGAGUGAAUCUAAACCAAAGCAGACUAAGGUCGAGGAAUACUCCGAUGAAUGGUCUUCGUCGAAACUAGAUGAUGCCAAAAAGUAUAUUCAACGAUCGAAAAGCGGUGGAUAUUCAUACGACACUGAACGCCGCCCGUCCUCCUCUUGGCCUUCGCCUUCUGCUUACUAUAGUCCGUACGUUGAUACACCCCGACGUUCGUCCGGGAGGACUCGAACCAGGCCCAGUUCUUCAGGAAAGGAUCGCAGGGGGUCUGCCGACGUCUUGGAUCCAUCACCAAAACCCCAAUUCUCCCCUCGGCCUCCUACUCUACAAACUGCUACUUCUGCACCUUCGGGUUUAAGGUUUCCCAUCCCAAUCUCCACUCGAUCCUCUUCAAAACCCCAUCUUCCUCGCCGGUCAGAGACCAUGCCAUUUCCAGGGUUAUCCCGCCGAUCCGAAACUCUGCCGACCAGAACCUCAAAGAUGAGGGAACCCCAAGACUCGGGGUAUUCAAGUCCUGGCACUCCUGAAAUGCACUUAGGAUCGAGCCCCCCAUUGCCCGGUAGAUACACCGUCGUUGAUGAAAGCGAGGACUAUGUAUCUCACCGAGCCGUCCGUAUCGACCCAAGCGCUGGUUUCUACACUCGGAACAAGAGUGUUUCCCCUACCCGCGUUCCACAGAUGCCGAGAUCCAGAACCUACAACUACCCGAUCGAUCCUGUGUCCAUGCCCAUUCGUCACGACUCGUCUAGGUCCAUACCUACAUUGCGCACCACUCCGCCCACGCCAAGCGGACUGGGCCGGGAGGGGCUGUUCGGCGAAGUCUUCCCUGGCGAAUACGACCAUCCCAAGAUAGUCAUCCCCGAGGGCAACAUUCGAUAUUCCCCUAGAAUCCGUGAAGAGGAUAUCAGCUACAGUUAUAAUCCGAGGAAGGGACCUGUGGACCCUAAUGAGUAUCGAGAAACAUAUCCGCGACCCUAUGGCUCGCGAAAGGAGUCAGUUACGUGCUGA